CACUCAUCAUCAGCAUUCUUUGUUAAGCGAGAGUACUUCACCUUCGUUCCUGCUGGCCGUGUUAGCAAGGCCUCCUACAUUCAUUAAGAGAUGGACCGCGGGCAGCCCUACCUCUACCAACCCUCAAGGGAUUCGAUGGAUCCAACCUUCAAUCCCAAACGCGUCACCAUGGCGAGUCGCAUGCCACCACCUUCGCCGAAGAAGAAACAGGACGGGCCUCUUAUCAACUUCAACCAGCAUCCAGACAGCUUCCUGUUUGUGCCAUAUGAUAAAAGCGACGUCAAACCGAUGCACAGGAAGACGAAGACGUUUGUCAAGGUCGCGCGAUGGGCACAGCUCUUCCUUCGAGUAUGUAGCAUAGUGGGUGCUGUUGGCAUCUUGCUAUGCGGCAUCUUCAUUCGAGGUGUACAGGAUACAGAAGGAUACAUCAUGAGGAUACCGCCUGGUGUUGACAUUGUGGUAUGUCUAUAUGCCGUAUAUCACCUAGUUCGUAACUCGACAUCGCGAUCUCCUGCCAGCUCGGCCAGCUACCACUUCUUUGCGCUCAUCACCGAUGCUGGAUUCAUUCCGUUUUACAUCUUCACGGUAGUGAUGUCUCGACGUAACUCGGACAUGGUACCUGGAACAGUAGGACGCUGGCGCACGAUGUUCCCCACAGACGACGAGACAAACAAGGUCCUGACGACAACCUGGCUCACGGCUACUGCCGUCGCUGCUAUGCAUCUAGUGUCAAUGUCUAUGGAUCUAUACCUGGCCAUUGUCUUCAAGAUGAUAGCAAACCUACCUGCGGAUAUGAAUCCGCUCGAGGACAACUUGACAUCGCGUAGGAAGUCGAAACACAAGCACAAGAACUCCUCAAUCUCAGCUAUUACCCACCUAACCGGUGACAACGAGAAGCGUUUCAGUGUUCAGAGCACGAUUGCUGGAGACAGGAACUCGCCGACUGAUCCGCUCAUAUCGAAAGAUAUCCCGAACCCGAGCAUGCAUCAAGUCGCUUUCCUGCACACUCGAGUGAACUCGGAAACCACCUAUUCACCGCAUACGCCGAAUUCAGCCCGUCAGUCGAAGGAGAGGUUCUCUAUGUACUCACAGCCGCCAUCUACACGACAGUCUCGAAAGAGCCUCAAUCACCGCGAUGAUCUUUACCGCCAGGAGGAUAUUUCAGACGGUGAGACCCUGGCCCAGCGCAAGUCUUUUCUUGCACAACAGGCGAACAUCAAGAGACAUUCCCGUAACGAUUCUUCUGUCACGUUAUCAUCGUCUAAACAGGACUACUACACGCCUCCAACUACCGCCGGAGCAGAGAAGGCAGAGGUAGCAGGUGAUCUCGCUCUUCAGCGCAACAGCCGUGGUGAUUUGCAGAACGACAACUGGUUCAUCCAUCCCGAUCAAGAGAAUGAGCGAGAGCAAGAGCAAGAUGGACAUUACCCUGUGCCCGCCCCGAGGCAAUCCAUGUUUGGAUCAAACCAAGGCUAUAAUACCUUAUCGCCGUAUGAUGAUGUCUCGGACGUCGAGGAGGAGCUCGAGAAACCCAUGAUUCCCCAACCACUCCGUAUGAAUCCACCAACUCCUCCUCCCGUCAUGACCUUCAACGAGAAGAAGAACACGCCUCCUCCCCCGGCGGGUCUCAAGCGCACCCAAACCACAACCUCCGUCUCUACAGACGCAACAUUCGACCGCUCGCACUCGCGCUCCGGUACCCCCAAAUCGCGCUACUAUGGCGAUCUACGUGCCGCAACACAGAGCAUUCGAAACGGCGGCUCACCCUCUAAUUCCCCUCAUACAUCUCCCACCAAAGGUUCUUUCCGCAACCAACCUAAUCAGCUGCCCAGCGCCACGAAACAUUACGCUGUUAAUACACCUUCGCCAGUAAAGAAGGACUUGGUAUCAAACUCGCCGUUUACGCUGAAUAAGAAAAGUUAUACGAGUGUGCGGCGGACGGGCGAGGCGAAUUACUCGCCUGUGAAGGGCCAGUCGCCGCGUGUCGUGAGCAGGUCUGGGGUCGACUACAUCAACCCGUACGAGUUUGAUGAUUCGGAUCUGGGGACGCCGGGGCGGAGGAGGGAUGUUAGUGGGAAGAUUGCUGAGGAGGGGAGAGGCGGCGUGUGGGGUGGGAUGACGCAACGGAAAGUGAGCGGAUUUGCGUAGGCUGCUGGUUUUUUUGGCGUUUGUGUGUCUGGGCGAUACUGGAUUUGCAUUUGGAGUUAGAUAUCAUAUUUGGACAUGCAGGGUGCAUUUGGAGGGAUCUGUAUAGUGUGUUUGAGGGCAACAUGGGAAAUGAAAUAUUGAUAUCCUGCUACGAACGAAUGGUGCCCUUCCACUACUUGGUCUAGAUGCAUCGUUUGUGACAUUUGAUCAAAGUGCUACCUACGUCCAGCACCAAGACUAAAAUUACUCAAGA